UUUGUGUGUGUGUGUCUGUCCUGACACUUUCCCCAAAGCCCCAGCGCUGCAUCAAAGCCCGGCGGCGUAACACUGAGUCGCUCUCCCAUGUGGGAAGACUCAAGAAAUCAUCGGGAAAGUUUCUUAAAGAAAAACAAGACUUCCUUCUCCAAGGGAAAAGACGGAAAGGAACGAUGGGGAAAGUUUUGUGAAGAGGAAUGGUAAUGAGCUUCGUCGCCGCUGGUUCGGGUUUUCGUUUUUAAUCGUUUCUCUGGAUGUUACUUUUUUCUCCUGGAAAGAAGCGAAGUGCCCCGAAAAGUGGAAUUUCAGCCUUGAGGCACCAAAGGGUGCGAUUUUGGGGGAGAAAACAUCAAAAAGGAAAAGAAAAGUCUCCUUCCCUUGGAGCGCGAGUCACCAUCCCAGUCCAGCUCCCAAAGGCCUGCCCCCCCGGGGGGUCGGCGGCUCCCCCCCCGCCCGGAGCGGAUGUGCCCCUGAGUGCCCCCGGGGCCUGACGGAGCAUGUUCAACCCCAGGAACCCGCCCCGGAGCGGCUACAUGGAGCAUUGCUACCUGCGCCCCCGGCACGCGCCCGGCCCCGGCCUGGCAGAUGGGCUGAACGACUUCCCCAUGUGCCACCAGGCCAACCUGAUGGGCAGUCACCAUGGGUACGGGCUGGCGCCGGGCAACGAGCAUGCUGGGAAUGCCACCGGGUCCCGGUUCUCCACGCCCCGGAGCACGGCCAAGCUGACCAAGAAGCGGGCGCUGUCCAUCUCGCCGCUGUCCGACGCCAGCAUCGACCUGCAGACCGUCAUCCGCACCUCGCCCAACUCCCUGGUGGCCUUCAUCAACUCACGCUGCGCCUCGGCCAGCGGCUCCUACGGGCACCUCUCCAUUGGCACCAUCAGCCCGUCCCUGGGCUUCCAAAGCCCCAUGGCUCACCCGAAGGGGCAAGGGGCAGCGUUCGGCCUCCCCAUGCCCCACUGUGGCUCCCAUGAACACCUCCCCGGCCGGCCGGGGUUCCUGCACCAUCCCCCGCCCCACGGGGCACCGAAGCACUGCCAGAUGAAAUCAGAGCCGAGCCUGGGCGAUGCCCUGGGCACCAAGGGCCUGGAGGAGAGAUCGGAGGGCGACGUCUCCAGCCCAGCCUCCACGGGGACGCAGGACCCUCUGCUGGGGAUGCUGGAGCCCCGGGAGGAGCUGGAGAAGGAGGACGGGAAGCAGGAGGCAGAGGCCGUGUACGAGACCAACUGCCACUGGGAGGGGUGCAGCAAAGAGUUCGACACCCAGGAGCAGCUGGUGCACCACAUUAACAACGAGCACAUCCACGGGGAGAAGAAGGAGUUUGUGUGCCACUGGCUGGAGUGCUCACGGGAGCAGCGGCCCUUCAAGGCGCAGUACAUGCUGGUGGUGCACAUGCGGCGGCACACGGGCGAGAAGCCUCACAAGUGCACGUUCGAGGGCUGUCACAAGGCCUACUCACGCCUGGAGAACCUCAAGACCCACCUGCGGUCGCACACGGGCGAGAAGCCGUAUGUCUGUGAGCACGAGGGCUGCAACAAGGCCUUCUCCAACGCCUCGGACCGCGCCAAGCACCAGAACCGCACCCACUCCAACGAGAAGCCGUACGUCUGCAAGAUCCCCGGCUGCACCAAGCGCUACACGGACCCCAGCUCCCUGCGCAAGCACGUCAAGACCGUGCACGGCCCUGACGCCCACGUCACCAAGAAGCAUCGGGGCGACAUGGUGCUGAGCCGGGCGCUGGCUGCCCUGGGGGGCCCCGCAGACAUGAAGCAGGAGAAGGAGGGAGGCUGCCCCAGCGAGGGCAGGAAGGACGAGGGGAAGCUGAUGGUGCCUGAGGCCACCUUGAAGCCCCAGCCCAGUCCCGGCGGGCAGUCGUCCUGCAGCAGCGAGCGCUCGCCCCUCGGCAGCGCCAACAACAACGACAGCGGGGUGGAGAUGAACGCCAACCCGGGCGGCAGCUUCGAGGACCUGUCCACGCUGGAGGACCCCCCACCGGGGGAGCCCAUGGGCGCCUCGGGGCUCUCGGCCCUGCGCCGCCUGGAGAACCUCCGCAUCGACAAGUUCAAGCAGCUGCGGAAGCCCCCGCCCGGCAAGGGCCUGAAGCUGCCGGCCAUCCCUGGCACCGGCCCCGCCGGGGAGAUGCCCAGCCUGUGCGGCCCACCCCCCGCGGCCUCCCACCGCCGCGUCCUGGAGCUCUCCGCCAGCGACCUGGCCUCCGUGCCGCCGGCGAGCGAGCGCCGGGCCAGCACCACCAGCACCGUCAGCUCGGCCUACACCGUCAGCCGCCGCUCCUCGCUGGCCUCGCCCUACCCGCGGGCCGCCGAGGGGCCGGGGGGGCUCCCUAACAGCCUGGGCCUGGCCGACGCCUACGACCCCAUCUCCCCCGACGCCUCCCGGCGCUCCAGCGAGGCCAGCCACUGCGGGGGGCUGCCGGGCCUGACGCCGGCCCAGCACUACCACCUCAAAGCCAAGUACGCCGCGGCCACUGGCGGCCCCCCGCCCACCCCGUUGCCCAGCAUGGAGCGGGCGGCCCUGGCUGGCAGGACGGGGUUCCCCGGGGACUACCCGGGCCCAGCCGGGCCACCCUUCCUGGCCAACGGCUCGCUGCGGCGGCACGGCACCACCGAGUACCCCGGCUACAGCCUCCACCCGCACCUGGCGCCCGGGCACGGCACCCGGCGGGCCAGCGACCCCGCCCGGACGGCGGCCGAGCCGCACGCCGCGCCCAACGUGCAGCGCUUCAAGAGCAUGGGUAACGUGAGCGCAUCGGCCCUGGGCAGGGCCGGCCUGCAGCCCCUCGGCGGCACCGAUGCCAGCCUGCAGCGCCACCUCUUCUCCCCUCGCCCGCCCAGCAUCAGCGAGAACGUCUUCCUGGAGAGCGUGGCCAUGGAGGGGCCCGGGGAGAUGGAGCAGUACCUGGGCUACCCGGAGCAGGGCUUCCAGUGCCAGGGGCCAGGCAUGGAGCUGCAGGGGGAGGGUGCCUAUAUCGGUGCCCACAGGACCAUGGGGGGCAUGCAGCUGAGCCCAGGUGCCCACGGGGAGCUGCAGGGGGACCUGGGGCAGCCCGAUUACUCCCUCCCCCAGUGCCAGGUGAACCAGCACUUCCAGGGCAUGCACCCGCCCGAUGCCAGCAUCCUAGCGCCCUGGGAUGAGGCCGCCCCGGGGAGCCUGGAGCUGAACCCCCUGGUGCCCAGCCCGCUGGGCAGCCGGCACUGCCACCACCAGUACCCGACUCCGGGUGCCUGCGAGCCGCAGCCCAAGCACAUGGGCAUGUGCCACCCGGGCGGGUUCGCCGGCGGGCAGCAGUUUGGCGAGCUCAGCCAGCUGCAGAUCAAAGCCGAGCAGCAGCUGCCGGCGCCGGCGCUGACCCCCUGCCAGAACGUGCAGCAGCCGCCAGCAGCUCCGUUCGGCCAGCCCAGGGCCAUGGCGGCCGCCCCCGGCAGCGGGUACCCGGCCGAGCCCCAGCAGGGCUCCUGCUUCGCCAUGACCCCCCCGGGCAGGCGGCCCCAGACCCCCAUGCUGCAGGUCAAGGAGCUGAUGGUGCGGAAUUACGUGCAGUCCCAGCAGGCGCUGAUGUGGGGGGAGCAGCCGCAGCCCCCCCCGAAGGCCGGGGACCUCAUGGUGGGGCUGGGCGGGGAGCCCCUGCGGCACCCCCCGGCGCCCCAGCCGUACCUCAGCCCCAAGUAUGCUGGCUACCCGGCCAAGCCAGGGCCCCCCCUGGGCCCGCCCGAGAGCCAGCCCCCGGCCAGCCAGUGCUUCAGCCCCGAGCUGGGGCCCCACCCGCCUGGCGGGCCCAGGCCCCCGAGCAGGCAGCACAGCCUGGGCUACGCGGGCGGCCCCUCCUGCGAGCCCCCCGAGGCCGGUCCCCGCAGGCUGCUGCGGCUGCCCCCCCUGCACGCCCCGCCCGAGGGCCCCGCCGAGCCGGCCCUGCUGUUCUACCCGGGGCCGGGGAAGGGCGCCCAGGGGCACCAGCCGGCCAGCUGCGGGGGCCAGGAUCCCGGCCGGCCCUUUGCCCCCGGCCUGGAGCGCCUCAAGGCCGACUCCUUCCCCUACCUGGCGCCGGAGGGGCAGGUCUCCAACAGCCUGGACUCGCUGGACCUGGAGAACACGCACCUGGACUUCACGGCCAUCCUGGACGACCCGGAGCCCCCGGCCCUGAGCCCCGCCCGGCUGCCCCCGCCCGGGCCCCCCAACAUGGCCGUGGGAGACAUGAGCUCCAUGCUGAGCUCGCUGGCGGGGGAGAACCACUUCCUCAACACCCUGUCCUGAGGCGCCUCCCCGGGCCCCCAGCGCCCGCGGGCAGGAGACGCCCCCCUCGACGGGCUGCCCAGCGCCCCACACCCGGGAGAAGGGGCCCCCCAUGGGCAUGGGAUGCUCCUAGCGAUUCAGCAGCCACCCAUCUGUCCGUCCGUCCAUCUGUCCAUCCCGCCUCCAGCCCCCCAUCCCUGUGGGCUUUGUCGGAAGAGGACGAGCCUCUGCUCCCCUCUGCGGCCGCAGGGCAGCUCCCCCAGGCCCUCAGGGGGCCGUCCUGGGAGAUGUCCCACCCCCAUCCCACUCCCCUCGUGGGGGCCUCGAGUCUUUCCAGGGCAGGAGGGAGGGGGAGCGCCCGUUAUACGCAGCUGCGCGCCCCACCCCAGAGGCAGCUGCAUGAUCCCCAGGCUGUGGGGUGGGGGAGCCUCGAGGGCAGGGCCAAGUGGCCGCAGACCAGGAAUCUGGAGCCCCUGAGACUGCCCUGGGCUGGCGCUUGGCCCUGUCUCCCACCUGCCUUCAGCUGUCCCAAGGCCAGGAAGGCGGUGACAGGCCAUGGGGGUGGGCAGCCCCCACCAGACUGCAGUGCCCAGUGCCCUCCGUCCCUGUGCCAGGCUGCCCCCAUGCCAGGGCCCUUCUCCCAUCAGAUGCUGCAUGUGUAGCCCAUCCUAUCGCCCCUUCUCUGGGCCAGGGUCUGCUGCAAUUUACCCCCCCUCCUCAUUCCGCCUCUCCCCCCCUCCAGUGGCACGGCGGGGGAGGGGCUCGCAGCAAAGUCUUAACUUAAAACUGAAAAACCAAAGAAAAAUAAUUUUAAAAAACCCGUCGUCUCGUUCGCUGCGUUUGGUCUGAGCGACAGGCGGGCGCUGCCGGCUCCCCGCCCACCGGGGCAGGAGAUCUGCUAGACAGGCUGGCGGGGGAAUGGCCAAAAUCCGACUCCUGGUGCCCGGCGCGGCCCCGGCGCAGCUCUGUACAUAGUAUCUAUACGCGUCCGUGGGGUUUUGUACCUGUCAAGCGCCGUCCUCUGUUUGCUAGCAACAAAAAAUUCCAAUACGAACUAAUCAUUAAACAAAAAAUUCCUCAGGGGAGUGAAA